CAAGGUAGAUCUCAUUUUGCUUGAGACUGGAUACAGUUGAAACCAAACCACACACCCACGAGAGGGUAUGAUGGCUAAAAAGCCCCCGAAACCAGCCCCUCGAAGGAUCUUCCAAGAAAGGUUAAAGAUUACUGCUCUACCCUUAUACUUUGAAGGUUUUUUAUUAGUCAAGAGGUCAGAAUACCAGGGAUACACACGUUAUUGGACAGAGUUGAGAGGAACUACACUUUUCUUUUAUAAUGACAAAAAAAGUACAAUAUAUGUUGAUAAGUUAGACCUAAUAGACCUCACAUGCCUUACUGAGCAGAAUUCAACUGACAAGAAUUGUGCAAAAUUCACCCUUGUUUUGCCAAAAGAAGAAGUGCAACUGAAGACAGAGAAUACAGAAAGUGGAGAAGAAUGGAGAGGCUUCAUUCUUACAAUAACAGAGCUGUCAGUUCCCCAAUAUGUGUCACUCCUUCCUGGACAAGUCAUUAGACUGCAUGAAGUCUUAGAGAGAGAAAAGAAAAGGAGAAUUGAGACAGAGCAGCUACCGAGUACAUCUCUGGAAGAUGAGAGGGAACCAAUGGAAGAUUAUGUGGAUGUACUGAAUCCUAUGCCAGCAUGUUUUUAUACAGUGUCUCGGAAAGAAGCAACUGAGAUGCUUGAGAAGAAUCCUUCAUUGGGAAAUAUGAUCCUGAGGCCUGGUAGUGACAGCAGAAAUUUCUCCAUCACUAUCCGGCAGGAAAGAGACAUGCCAAGAAUCAAGCACUACAAAGUGAUGAGCGUAGGAAACAAUUACACCAUUGAACUGGAAAAACCUGUAACACUCCCAAACCUUUUUAGCGUCAUUGAUUAUUUCAUGAAGGAGACUCGAGGAAAUUUACGACCAUUUAUAUCUUCAACUGAUGAAACCCUCGAGACCAAAGGAUUUCCUGUAACAUCUCUAGAAUAAAAAAACAGGGUGGGGGAAAUCCAAUGUAAUUUGCCUCCUCCAUCGAUGAUACUGUGUAAAUAACCACCCCCCAGAAUAACAUGGUGGUUAAAUCAACAAACCUUUUAUUUGCUCAUGAUUCUGUGCAUCAGCAAUUUGGAGUGAACCACUUUCUUCAUGAGAACUCUAAUCCUUGGGAAAGUUAGCUUAGUCUCUCACAUGAGAUCUCAGAGCAGUUGAGAGAAAGAUCUUCAUGUCCUUGGGCUAGAAAUUCUUAAUGUUGAGAAUAAAGUUCAGAAAAUCCUCUUAAUUCAUCGACAGGCCCUGCACUUUUUAAGCAAAAGAAUGUUUAACAAAACCAAUUUUAUCGUUGGCUAAUUGAUAUAAACAAGAGUUCUGUUCGACAUCUCAUCAACAUUGUAACAAAAGUACAUUGAACUAAACCACAAGGAGGACCUGUCUUCUUGGAGCUUUUAAUAUAGGAGAAGCUGUGAAGUGAAUAAAUCUAAGUGUGA